AUGGCGGCCAACAUGUACCGGGUGGGGGAUUACGUCUAUUUUGAGAACUCCUCCAGCAAUCCCUACCUGGUGAGGCGGAUUGAAGAGCUCAACAAGACUGCGAAUGGAAACGUGGAGGCCAAGGUGGUGUGCCUCUUCCGGCGGAGGGACAUCUCCAGCAGCCUCAACAGCCUGGCUGAUAGCAAUGCCAGGGAGUUUGAAGAGGAGUCAAAGCAGCCAGGGGUGUCGGAGCAGCAGCGACAUCAGCUGAAGCACCGGGAGCUUUUUCUUUCUCGGCAGUUUGAGUCCUUGCCAGCCACCCACAUCCGUGGGAAGUGCAGCGUGACCCUCCUGAAUGAGACAGAUAUCUUGAGCCAGUAUCUGGAAAAGGAGGACUGCUUCUUCUACUCCCUGGUGUUCGACCCUGUGCAGAAGACGCUGCUCGCCGACCAGGGGGAGAUCCGUGUUGGGUGCAAAUACCAAGCUGAGAUCCCAGACCGCCUGGCCGAGGGGGAGUCCGAUAACCGGAACCAGCAGAAGAUGGAGAUGAAGGUCUGGGACCCAGACAACCCCCUGACGGACCGGCAGAUUGACCAGUUCCUCGUGGUGGCCCGUGCGGUGGGCACCUUCGCGAGAGCCCUGGAUUGUAGCAGCUCCAUCCGGCAGCCAAGCCUGCACAUGAGUGCUGCUGCUGCCUCUCGCGAUAUCACCCUGUUCCACGCGAUGGACACACUGCAGAGGAACGGCUACGACCUGGCCAAGGCCAUGUCCACGCUGGUGCCCCAGGGGGGCCCCGUGCUGUGCCGGGAUGAGAUGGAGGAGUGGUCUGCCUCCGAGGCCAUGCUGUUUGAGGAGGCCCUGGAGAAGUACGGCAAGGACUUCAAUGACAUUCGCCAGGACUUUCUGCCCUGGAAGUCGCUGGCCAGCAUAGUCCAGUUCUAUUACAUGUGGAAAACCACAGACCGCUACAUUCAGCAGAAGAGACUGAAGGCUGCGGAAGCAGACAGCAAACUGAAACAGGUCUACAUCCCCACCUACACCAAACCAAAUCCUAACCAGAUCAUCUCCGUGGGCUCAAAGCCUGGCAUGAAUGGCGCAGGAUUCCAGAAGGGCCUGACUUGCGAGAGCUGCCACACCACACAGUCUGCUCAGUGGUACGCCUGGGGGCCCCCCAACAUGCAGUGCCGCCUCUGUGCUUCCUGCUGGAUCUACUGGAAGAAGUAUGGGGGACUGAAGACCCCCACCCAGCUGGAGGGCGCUGCUCGGGCCACAACAGAGCCACACUCGAGGAGUCAUUUGUCCAGACCCGAAGCCCAAAGUCUCUCCCCCUAUACGACCAGCGCCAACCGGGCCAAGCUGCUGGCCAAGAACAGGCAAACAUUCCUGCUCCAGACCACGAAGCUGACCCGUCUUGCCAGACGCAUGUGCAGGGACCUGUUACAGCCGAGGAGGGCUGCUCGGCGCCCCUAUGCCCCCAUCAAUGCCAAUGCCAUCAAGGCAGAGUGCUCCAUCCGACUGCCUAAGGCCGCCAAGACUCCACUGAAGAUUCACCCUCUGGUGCGGCUGCCCCUAGCAACUAUCGUCAAGGAUCUGGUGGCCCAGGCACCUCUGAAACCAAAAACACCUCGGGGUACCAAGACACCGAUCAACAGAAACCAGCUGACCCAGAGCCGGGCCCUGGGGGGCAUCAUGGUGAAACGGGCCUAUGAGACGAUGGCAGGGGCAGGGGUUCCCUUCUCUGCCAAUGGACGGCCUCUGGCUUCAGGGAUUCGCUCGAGCUCCCAGCCAGCAGCCAAGCGUCAGAAACUAAACCCCGCUGAUGCCCCCAAUCCUGUGGUGUUUGUGGCCACAAAAGACACCAGGGCCCUUCGGAAAGCUCUGACUCACCUGGAGAUGCGGCGAGCUGCCCGCAGGCCCAACUUGCCCCUGAAGGUGAAGCCACCGCUGAUAGCAGUGAGGCCCCCAGUCUCUCUGCCUGCACCCUCACAUCCUGCCAGCACCAAUGAGCCCAUUGUCCUGGAGGACUGA